AUGGCCGUGUCAAAGAUCCGCACAGUUGCUUGCUUGCAUCCAUCAAGUAGACCUUCCUUGUCGUCACCUCACAUUCAAAUCAACACCUUCGCUUCGGAAUCUUUUAUCACUAUCGACAAUCCACCUGACAUUACCGCGUUUGGACAAAUCAGACAACGAUACAACUUCUCUCGGUGUGUAACACAACCUGAACAGUGCAAACCUGAAGUCGAAGAUCUGGUUCAAAAGGCUCUUGAAGGAUACAAUUCGGCUGCAGUUUUCAUGAGCACGGGGCCUUUGGAUCCAUUCACGAGCAGACAAACAAUCCUUCAUCAGCUUUUAUCUUACCUCGAUGAGCAGCUCAACUACGUGAACGAAUCAAGGAAAAGGGAUGGGAAACGAAGCAUUCAAUUGGAUUAUGCCUUCCUAGGUUUUGGUGACAACAACAACUGCUACGAUCUACGGGCGGACCGCAAAUUGAAGAAGCAAUACAUUGGCGAGCACGGAUUGGAUACCAUUAUGCGAAGAGUCAACAACGCCAAUGACAUUUGGAAGAAUACCAAAGAAGGAUCACGAGUGCCCUUUGUUUUGAGGCUUCGGUUAUCGGAUGAUCGCCAUUUCCUUGGAACGUUGACCAUUAUCGACUUGUUAUUCCCAUGGCGUCAGCCGUCAGCUGUCGGUGAUCAGCAUUAUGCAUUCCAAGACCUUGUGCAAGUUCUUAACGACUACGCGGAUUUGGAGUUCGAAGGCAGCAUCAGCAACUCAACGAAUCAUUUGCUCACCAAGAUCACAGCUGAAUGCUUUUGUGGACCAUGCAAGACAGCCGUUUUUGCGUACAUUAAUGAAUAUCCCGACAACGUGGUGAGAGAUACGAUCGAUACCUUGGAGCUCAUGCAGACAGUGCGGAGAAUAAGGACCGUUGCCAUACGCAAUACGGUGGACAACCGAAUGAUCGACGUGUAUAAGCAGCAAUUGAACACCUUGCAACGCAAAUAUGAAUCGGAGCAUAUUAGAGCAAGCAAUCUUGAGACCGAGUUGAAUAACGCUGUUCAGCAACUCAAUGUUAAGGAUAUGGACCUUCAUCGAGUCGAAGUCGACGAGGCACGCGCACGGCAUGAAUCGGACGAAACAAGGAAGAUGAUGGAGAAUCAAUUGGAGAAGAUGGGGCGUCGUCUGGAAUUGGAAAGGUUGAAAGCUGUUUAUGAAGAGUCAAAACAUGUCACCAAGGCUAUAGAAUUGGAUGGGAAAAUCAUUCGGCUCAGGUCUACCCUAUUUUGUGCCAGUGCUGCUAGCGUGAAACACCAAGAAGAUCUACAAAACGCCUAUGCCAGAAUCCAAAAAGAUGAGCAAAUCAUGCAAGAACAGCUUUCGGUCAUUCAUCAACAGGACACUACGAUUCAAGACAUGAAGGAUGCAAAGACAGCAGCUGAUGAAGAAAAAGAGCGUCUAACACAAGUCGUUGAAUCGCUGAAUGAUGAAAUUGAGAAACGGCAGAAUGAGCUGGAUAACAAAAAGGCGGUCCUUGAUAAAAAGAUGAACACCAUUCGUCGACAAAAGGAGGCUCUUCAACAAGCAAGGCAGCGUUUAGACGAUCAGGAUGAGCUGCUUGAAUUGAAGCAAUCAGCGAUCAAAUCGAAAGAUGAUCAUGUCACAAGAUUGCGUGAGCUCCUUGAAAGAAAGCAAAAGCAGCAACGAAAAUCUGAAAAGAAGGCGGUGGAUGGAAAGACACUGGAGGAUCUCGAAAUGCUUGUUGAAUCUCUCAAGGGUGAUCUUGCAGAAGCGGAGGAUGGGAAAAAGGCUCUAGAAAAAGUCAUCCACGAAGCGAAAGAGCGUGCAAAAUCGCAAGAGAAGACUUUGAGAGCACAGGAGAGGACAUUGACUAAAGCAGAAAAGCAACAAGCUGACUAUAAACAUGCUCAGGAGGCAGUGAAACAACUUGAAGGCGAGAAACGGAGAUUUAUGACUGAAAUAUCUCGUUUCACCAGGACGUCGAGCUUGAUGGAAGAUCGAAUACGCCAACUGGAGAGGGAGAAUUACAACCUUGUGAAUGGAUUAUCAAAGGGAUCGGGCGAACAAGAAGCACGAAAUAAGGAGGAGGAGCAGCCACAACCACAACAACAGCAACAACAUGGUAACAACGACGCUCAUAUUGUGGAUGACACAUUUGAAGAGCAUGCAGUGGAAUCCCCAUCAGCUACCAACAAACCAGUGGCCAGGAGUCUUUCUCGUAAAUUGAAGCAGAUGAAGCAACAAGGAAACAGCAGCAAAGCUACCAACAAAAAGGGAACUCCUCGUCGUGAGCAACAAACUUCAUCAUCACCAGAACCAAUUUUACUAUCAGAAGCUGACCAGUCACCGAUUUUGGAGUAUCUCGGUAGCGAUUUUGAGCCUGUUUUGCGAUUACCAAAUGUCGGCGUUGGUGAGAAUGGUGAUGAUGACACGCCACUCGUCGAUCGUUCAGUUACCGAAGAGAUGAAAAAUGUUGAAGAUCAUCGAGAUAAUAAUCAAUCCAACACAAUGGAUACACAACAACAUGAAGGACCAAAUACUCGACAAAAGAAUCGACGAGACGAUAAUCAACCCCGUGUUGUUUCAGCUUCUCAAGAUGCUACGCUGGAUACACAGCAAUCUGAUGGACCAAACACUCAACAAACGAAUCAACAAGAUGAUAUCCAAUCUAGCGCUGUUGUACCCUCUCAGGAUGAUACAGUGGAUACUCAACAAUCGAUAUCAUUGGAGAAUUCACAACCCGAAUAUCCCCAACAAAGGCAACGACGUCAAACCAGGAAACGAAGAAGACUUGCUGAUCUAAAGAAAAGAGAGGUCGAGGAUUAUGAAGGAGAUCUUAGUCCAUUGUCCAAAGUACAACGUCUCAUUAACGACAACGAUAAAAAAUAG